GGAAGGGCGCGCUGUUCCAUUCUGAGGUAGGACGUACCAGGAGAUAGACGUUCUCUGUCCUGAACUUAAAAGACCCGGAACGUUUUUUUUUUAUUUUGGUGAUGUUGCUGUCGGCCUUGUGUUUGUGUCUCGCUAUCGGUACCUCCGUGGAUGCUGCUGGAACCUUGGCUGGAAUUUCAGACGGCUCUGGAACCUUGGCUGGAAUUUCAGACGACUCGAGCGAUAAUGGCAUUCUUGAAGAUAACUUGAACUUGGCUGCAGAGGAGGGGCGUCUCCUCUCUCUACGAAUAGUACUAGAGAGCCAAAACUGUUCACGAACCCCGGCGGCAUCUUUGGGGAACCGUUCUGUGGGCCCAAGGACACCUCCGACCUGACGGGCGUUUGCAAGAACGAGCUGACCUGCCUCAAGGAGAAUGGAUUCCCGAAUAUCCUCAGCCGGUGUUCGGUUGUGCAGGGUCCCUGCUGUGAAUUCCGCCGUACCUGCGGAGGCUCGUCGGGGCAGAGACUGAGUUUCUGGCAGAGUACUGGCUACCCCAACCCUCUGACGGAGCCAGGAAUCUGCACCUUCAAGCUGGCACCUGCACCUGGCGUCUGCUAUAUCAAGGUCGAGUUCCUGGAUGUGGUGUUGGACUCCCAGAUCCAAAAUCGAUGUAUGGCCAAUGCUCUUUAUAUAUUGAACAUGGCGGAUGGCAAUGGAUCUCCCUUCUGCGGUGCUCUAACCGGUUACGAAACAUAUGUAAAAGUGAAGUCAUCGCAGACUGGGCUGGCGAACCUCCUGUCACUCCCAGAACACGUGAUAUUCUUGAUAAACACGAAGACCGUCGCCACCACCGUCAACCCUACCAAGUUCCAGUUACGAAUGACGCAGAUUCCAUGUAACGAUGUGAACGUCUUCGCAGGUCGGAGCAUAGAAAACGCGGAGGAUGCGUCUCCAGUCGGAAGCGCCAGGGAGGGUCGUCGGAAGUACUACCACCGGGUAAAGGCUCCAUCGGCUUCCAAAGGUCCAUCUUCUUCCAGGAAACCUACUAGACAUGAGGUGACGAGCGCGGAACUGCUCACGUGUCUCGGAAAUACUACCUCAAGGAUUUACUUGCCACCCUUCCCAAUCACUCUGUCGUUCUUGGGGAACAACAUCUUCGCAGACCUCAUUCAGAAGAUCGCCAGGAAAGACGGCCUGGUCUUACCCACCAGGAUCGCUGGGGGUACCACCAUCACAGACGUCAGGUCGCAGUAUCCUUGGCUGGGCUACAUGUUAAUUAGGAACGACAACGAUGAACCUUUCUUCUGUGGUGCCGUCUUGAUAAGCCCCAAGUAUGCCCUCACCGCUGCCCAUUGCGUUAUGCAAAGAGGGUUCAGCCGAAACAGAUACCAAAUCAAAGCAAGAUUCGGCCGCACCGAUAUCUCCAACGACCAGAACGUUGUUAACUUGAGUGACCUUUGGGUGGACCAGCAGUCGGUCACAGUGGAAAGGACCGUGGUCCAUGCCAUGUUCGACUCCGUGACUCUGGAAGAUGACAUCGCGGUCCUGGAACUGGCCACCCCUGUUAAUUUGACUCCAGUGAGGCUCCCCUCUGCUGAUGCCGCCUACGUCGGGAGGGCUGGUAAGGUCCUCGGAUGGGGCUACACAGGCGUGAACUCUGGGAUGCCACGGAAUCCUCAGGUUCUCGACGUCACAGUCCUAACAAAUGACGCUUGUGACGCAGCCUGGAAAGGACUGUAUUCGGCUUACACCUACACCCCGCCCAGGUACAUUCAGGACAACAUGGUCUGCUCCAGCGCAAACACUCCCAAUGCUGGAACGUGCGGGGGGGACAGCGGAGGGCCCCUGGUGGUUGAGGAGGCCGGUGGCACCCACACGUUGGUGGGCAUCCUCUCAGGGGCGUUCUUCGACUGCGUGACCAAAGGGAACGGCCCUGAGGUGCCGAUAGGGGGUACCCCUAAUGUCGCAACGAGGGUGUCGGAGGUGCUAGACUUCAUCAACGUCGCUACUUCUUAAUUCAGUUUCUUUGUAAAAAUAAAAUAAAAAAUAAGUUUUUUUUUUUUUUGCAUCGUAAGAUGAUGAUUUCAGGU